UGUGAGAGACACCAGAGGGGCUCAUGUUGACUACGCACCGAUGCAUGACGAAAUGGGCAGAGAGUUGCUUCUGUGCGUCAACGAUGCCAAUGUUGCACUGAGUCAUCCACCUGGUGGUGCAUUAUCUGAGAGGACUCUUAGGAGCACGAUGGAGAAGUUCAAGAAGCGGUUCCAUAAGAUGGCAGCUAUGCUUUCUUGCCAUGGUGCUCAGUCCAGUGACGUGUAUGCACCUGGUAGCCGCGCCGCCAGAGCUAAUAAACGGCGUUAUGUCCAGAACGAAGAGGACAUAGAGGAGGAGGUCAAUGAAGAGGAGCCAGUAGAUCAAGAGGAGCCAACACAUCAUGAUGAGCAUGAAUAUAAGUCCAACAAUGAUGUAGAGGCGGAGGAGUCUAGCGAAGAGGAGGAGCAUGAGGCUAGCGAAGAGGAGGAGCAUACACUUGCAGAUAUCGUGAAGAGAGGAAGGAAGAAGUGA